AGAACGAUAAUAACCAGUCGACUCCCCAAAAGAAGAUGGCGAGUCUCAUCCUCUCUAAUACAGUCCCCACUUCACUCCACCUUAGCAGAAGGACUCAAGUUUCGAUCCGACCGUUGCACACCUUCUCAUCUCCUGCCAUUCGCUUUCCCGGCAGUCUUUUUUGUCGGAAUACGAGAGGUUUAGUGGUGAGAACCAGGGCUGGACCCAGCACUUCCAGUCUUAUUUUUGCUUUUGUGUUCCCACUUUCUCUUCUUCUCGCCACUAUCUUCACCUCUAUUAAGAUUGCUGAUAAACUCGACAGGGAUUUCCUCGAAGAGGUUGCUCUUAACCAAUCAAUGAUGGAAGUGCAAGAUGAUGAUGAUGAUGAAGAUAGUCCUAUUUCCAUAGAGGAACCUGCACUCCCUCGUUCUAGAAAUCGUCCCAAACGUGAAGCUUAGGCGUAAAUUGUGUUGAUUGUGCUUGUACAGUUUUGACUGGGAGAUCAGAAUCAAUGGCAUUACUUGCUAAUUUGUAGCAUAUAUUAGAAAUUCAUUUGUGUUACUUUCUCAUUGUUCCCCCAUUUCAUGUUCUGCAGUGACAAUGGUUGAGUUUACGAAUGUAGUUUUAUUUGCAUAAAGAGCUUGUAUGAGGUAAAGGAGUGCUGUAAAAAAUUUGUCUGGCCUUGGCAGCAAAGUGAAACAACUUAGUGUAUGCAUUUCUUUUGAUUAGUA